AUGUCUAAAUCGGCACCUGCUUCUCUUUACAUGUGCUCGGCUAGUGUCAAUUUCGAGACUAGAGAAGAGAAAGAGAGUAUAGCGGAAGAGCUUGAAGAUGGUGCUGAUAAAAAGGACAAGGACGAUCUAAAUGAAAAAGGUCAUGUAUCGAACACAUCAACACUGUUUAGUAUCAUAUGUGUCGUCGCUGGUACAGGUAUUCUAGCCAUUGCUCAUGCUUUAAGUCGAUCAGGAUGGAUUGGGCUGCUCUUUUUAUUUACCAGCGCUGUCAUGUCUCAUUACACUGGCGUCCUACUCAUCCGAUGUCUUUAUGCCAUACCUGGCAAAAGACUUACAGGUUAUGCAGAUAUCGGAUACGCUGCCUUUGGUAAGCCAGGUAGUAUCAUCGGUUUCCUCUUUUCUCAGCUCAUGCUCUUUCUUACACCCACCAUUUACAUUAUGAUGGCGAGUGAAAACCUGUCACAAAUCCUGAUGGAUUACGAGCUCGUCUGGUUUCAUCGUAGGACAUGUGUCUGGAUGCUUUGUAUCUUGGUUGGUAUUCCUUUCUUUUGUGUUCGGCACAUGAAGGAUGUUUCAUAUCUCAGGCAACCUACUCAAACUAAAGUGCUUAUGAAAAGCUGUGAUAGACACAGAUACCAACACUUUGCUGCGUCAAUGGCUACCGUCUGUUUUAUACUGAUCGUUUGUAUUAUAAGUGAUAUGAAGAAAGCACCCGGUACGAACCAUGCGGUGGUCGUGCCGCAGAAUCUGCCAAUGACCUUCAGUACCUUUAGUUUUUCGUAUUGCGGCCAUGUCAUCUACCCUCACUUGGAACAGUCUAUGCGGAUGCCAAAGCGCUGGCCUCAGGUUCUUUUGGUCUCAACAUGUACAAUCAGCCUAUUUUACUUUACAAUAGGCUGUAUUGGCUAUUGGGUCUACGGUGAUCAAGUAGAAUCACCCAUCUACGCCAGUUUGCCUAGUAAUGCAGCUCAGCACGUUGCCAUGCUCGUCAUGACUUUGCAUGCCCUAUUAACAGUCCCCUUUUAUCUUUAUGUCUUCACCUUACCCUUUGAAGGACAGCGACGACAAAAAUGGAAAAGGCUGAUGAUGCGAGCGGCAGAAAUGGUUGGUUGCGGCCUAGUUGCCAUAUUAGUGCCAUUUCGAUUCUCUGAUCUCAUGAACUUGGUCGGUACAUUGGUGACUGAUAUCUUGACUUUUGUUCUUCCCAUCUUAUUUUAUAUCAAACUGAAGCCUCAGCUACAAUGGUAUGACUGGAUGAUGUGUCUAUUGACAGUGAGCAUGGGCAUCUUUUGCGGUGCGUUUGGUACAUUGGAUGCAAUUCAAGUGAUGAUGAGCCACGUGACACAUUGA